GUUUCCGUUUGCUAAAUAAGCUGUUCCUUUUAAAUCCAAUUACAUGCAGUUUUUAAAAACUUUUGACAUUAUUCUUACGGGCGGAGCGGUGUUGGUAAGAACUACUGUGAAUGUACGCAGUUGCUCGGAUUAACAUUGAAUGAGUUAUUUGUGUCCAGUAUGAGCGGGGGUUUGGCACCAAGCAAAAGCACCGUGUAUGUGUCGAACCUGCCAUUCUCUCUCACCAACAAUGACCUACACAAGCUAUUCAGCAAAUAUGGCAAAGUUGUAAAGGUCACGGUGGUUAAGGAUAAAAACACUCGGCAGAGUAAAGGAGUGGCGUUUGUUCUCUUCCUGGAUAGAGAGUCGGCUCAUAACUGUGCAAGAGCGGUGAACAACAAACAGUUAUUUGGCAGAACGGUUAAAGCCAGCAUUGCCAUAGAUAAUGGGCGAGCAGCAGAGUUUAUAAGGAGACGCAACUACACGGAUAAAAGUAAAUGCUACGAAUGUGGGGAUACAGGACAUCUGAGCUAUGCGUGUCCCAAAAACAUGCUAGGAGAGAGGGAACCUCCGAAGAAGAAGGAAAAGAAAAAGAAGAAAAAGGCUCAACAACCUGAGCACAUCGAAGAAGAAGAAGAAGAAAGUGAAGAAGAGGGAGAAGACCCAGCUUUAGAUAGCCUAAGCCAAGCCAUAGCUUUUCAGCAAGCCUGUAUCGAAGAAGAGCAGAAAAAACAGAAGAGGCAGGCAGAGGAUAAUGCUCAUGCUUCAACAUCGUCAGACUCCAAGAAGCCAAGGAUCAAAAAGAGUGCAUACUUCAGUGAUGAGGAGGAGCUCAGUGACUAAUGGAGGCAUGGACUUGAACAUUUUAUUUAGAUAAACGUGGACAUUUUGGGUUUUGUGUUACAGUGCUGGUGUAAAGGAAGCUUCAGCUAUCGUUGAUAAAGUUGUAAUUUAAAAAAGUUUUUUUUGGUAAUUUCUAUGUUUUAACUGCAAAAUCAGAUUUUAAAAAUGCAGAAAACAGUUUAGGUACUGCUUUGGCUGGUUGUAAAUAAAAUAUCUUUUUUA